CAGAUGCGGGUAAAAGAUCCAUCCAAAGUUUUAUCUGAGAAAGGCAAAAGAAAUAAAAGGCCUUCGAUACCUCAUGAUGAAGAUUCUUCAGAUGACAUUGCUGGAGGUUUAACUUGCCAACAUGUAAGUCAUGCUGUUAGUGUGAAUCAUGUGAAGAGAGCAGUAGCUGAGAAUCUAUGGUCAGUUUGUUCAGAAUGUUUAAAGGAAAGAAGAUUCUAUGAAGGACAGCCAGUACUUUCUUCAGAUACUUGGUUGUGCCUCAAGUGUGGUUUUCAGGGAUGUGGUCAAAAUUCAGAAAGCCAGCACUCACUGAAGCAUUUCAAGAGUUUCAGAGCAGAGUCCCAUUGUAUUAUAAUUAGUCUGAGCACGUGGAUUAUAUGGUGUUAUGAGUGUGAUGAAAAAUUAUCAACGCAUUGUAAUAAGAAGGUUUUGGCUCAGAUAGUUGAUUUUCUCCAGAAACAUGUUUCUAAAACACAAACAAAUGCAUUUUCAAGAAUCCUAAAACUUUGUGAAGAAAAAUUUGAAGCAGGUGAAAUAAAGAAGGGAAGAAAAGGCAGCAGUGUACCAUCUGUAAAAGGAAUUAUAAAUUUAGGAAAUACUUGCUUUUUUAAUGCAGUCAUUCAGAACUUGGCCCAGACUUACAUACUUUUUGAGCUGAUGAAUGAGAUAAAAGAAGAUGGUACAAAAUUCAAGAUUUCUCCUUCCUCAGAGUCUCAGUUGGAUCCAUUAGUGGUGGAACUUUCAAGCCCUGGACCGCUGACUUCAGCUUUGUUCCUGUUUCUUCACAGCAUGAAGGAGACCGAAAAAGGACCACUUUCUCCUAAAAUUCUUUUUAAUCAGCUUUGUCAGAAGGCACCUAGAUUUAAAGGUUUUCAACAACAAGACAGUCAGGAGCUUCUUCAUUAUUUGCUGGAUGCUGUGAGGACAGAAGAAACAAAGAGAAUACAAGCAAGCAUUCUAAAAGCAUUUAACAACCCAACUACUAAAACUGCUGAUGAAGAAACUAGAAAAAAAGUCAAAGCAUAUGGAAAAGAAGGUGUGAAAAUGAACUUCAUAGAUCGGAUCUUUAUUGGUGAAUUAACUAGCACAGUCAUGUGUGAAGAAUGUGCAAAUAUCUCCACUGUGAAAGAUCCUUUCAUUGAUAUUUCACUUCCUAUAAUAGAAGAAAGGGUAUCAAAACCUGUGCUUUUGGGAAAAAUGAGUAAAUAUAGAAGUUUACAGGAGACAGAUCCUGAUCAGUACAGUGGCACUGUUACUAUAGAAAAUACUCAACCCAGAGCUGCCAAGAAGCAUUCUUCAUCAAAAGAUAAGAAUCAACUAAUUCAUGACAGAAACCAUAUAAGAAAAUUGUCAUCUGGGGAAGAGAAAACUGUUUUUAUAUAUCAGGAAAAUGAAAACCUUGAAACCAGUGGGGAGUUGUCAGUAUAUGCAAACAUCGUGAGUACUGAGUCAUCUCUGAAUGAAAGCCCUACGGAUGGUAGUGAAAAAGAAGCCUGUCAUUCUGAAAGUAGUGCUGAUGCAGACAGUGAGGCUUCAGAAUCUGAAAGUGCUUCAAAGCAGACUGUGCUAUUUAGAUCCAGCAGUGAAUCCUGUAUGUACACAGAUGGGCACCUUCACCACCCAUCUGCAAGUGAACUGCCACACCCCAAGGAGACUGACAGUGGUGAUGAGGAAAUGGCUGAAGCAAUUUCUGAACUUUGUUUGAGCAGCACUGUAAUUGGAAAUAGAGAUUUUGACAGAGAAAGUCAGCUACCCAGUGUUUCAAGUAAUUUAUGUUUUUCAGAGGAGAAGCAUAUGAGGUCUCACAGUUCCCAGAAUGCUUUUCAGACCCUUUCUCAGAGCUAUGUAACUACUUCUAAAGAAUGUUCGGUUCAGUCCUGUUUGUACCAGUUUACAUCUAUGGAAUUACUAAUGGGGAAUAAUAAGCUUCUAUGUGAGAAUUGUACUGAAAAGAAACAGAAGUACCAAAAGGAAAAUAAUUCUUCAGAAAAGAAAGCAGAAGGAGUUUAUACUAAUGCCAGGAAGCAAUUGCUUAUUUCUGCUGCUCCAGCUAUUCUAAUUCUCCAUCUUAAAAGAUUCCAUCAGGCUGGCUUGAGUCUUCGUAAAGUAAACAGACAUGUAGAUUUUCCACUUACGCUUGAUUUAGCACCAUUCUGUUCUGCUGCUUGUAAGAAUGUAAGUGUGGGAGACAAAGUUCUCUAUGGUCUCUAUGGCAUAGUGGAACACAGUGGCUCAAUGAGAGGAGGGCAUUACACUGCUUAUGUGAAAGUGAGAGUACCCUCCAGGAAAUUAUUGGAACAUAUCACCGGAAAGAAAAAUGUACCUGGUUUGAAAGAACCAGAUAGUGAAUCAGGAGGCCAGUGGGUCCAUGUUAGUGACACUUAUGUGCAGGUGGUUCCAGAAUCGAGAGCACUUAGUGCACAAGCUUAUCUUCUUUUUUAUGAAAGAAUAUUGUAAUGAUUUGUUUAAUGGCAGUGAUUACUUAGCUCACUUUUAUUUGAAUGCUGCAGUGGUAACCAUAAUAUGUAAUGUGCCUUUAGUCUUCUCUUUUACAUUGGAAUAGCAUGUCACUCAAUGCUCCUUAACUUUUUCACCAUUUUGGUGAAUCCUUUUAAAGUAAACUAAAUUUACUCUGUGCUUUCAAAUUCAUAUUUUUAAAUGUAAAGAACUUUUUUUAAAAAAUAUUUGUCUUUAGGGACAAAAUAAUCAAAAUUUUUAGUGGUUGAGGAAGUCCCUUUCUGAUAUGGCUCAUUAUUACAAACAUUCAGAAAUAAUACUAGCUAAAUCAAAUCAUUCCUUAAUAUAGUGUUUCCUAAAUGCAUUACCACUUUCCAGAUCUCAUGUAACAUAUACUGUGCUAUAUUUACUAAUUUUAAAAAAAUGUUUUAGCCUUUUUAAACCAUGGUUUUGUUUUGAGCAAUCAUAUUUCACAUUUUAUGUACUUAUUUUUUCUAAUAAACAUUAAAAUAAAUUUAAAA